AUGUCGACCGCCCAAAGCUCCACCACCCAAAGCUCCACCACCCAAAGCUCCACCACCCAAAGCUCCACCACCCAAGGGUGCCGUCCCCAGCCUACAAGCACGUCCGACGGCCCCCUUGGUACCUUUGGCAUCUUGAACGUGCAGUCCCGCGUUAUGACUCCGCCUCGCUCGCUACCACUUGACAAUGUCCGGCACGAAGCAGCUGAACUGCUCAUUGAUGAGAUUUUUGGCAACGAGUUUGAGCAAAAGGUCUUCGAGGUAGCGUCGCGUCUUGACUUGCGAAACUUGAUCGCUUGGGUCGAGAUCACAUCACGAAGCUCCCCCGCGACGGUCGAUUGCAUGACAUGCAUUGCCCUGUUCAAGCUAGGAUUUGACUGGUUGUUUGACAACCCCAAAACGACCAAAGUCAAUGCUGGGGCCGAUAUUGGCGCAUGCACCCCUCACCUUAGGGACCACAAACUCGCGGAUCCUGUGGUCGGCACGCUAGGCUGCUGGCUAGAGAUCAAGGUCCAGGACCGUGGCUGGGAAAUAGUAGGUCUGACCAAUUACCACGUUGUCAGACCUUGCCUGCCUGGGUAUCAUAUCAUCCUUACUAGCAAAGAGCUGCCGAUUUCAGGCACUGCAGAGAAAGACACAGCGCUUUGGAAGGCAGACAGACAGGGGUUGAAGACUGAUGGAACCGGACAGCGCGUACAGGUGGAGAGUCCGACUCGGGCGAAGCUGAACUUCAGUGUUAAGCUGAAUCGAGAUGCGGUGAAGGAGGAGAUCCGCGCCCAAGAAAAAAAACUUGGACAGGGACUAAAUCAUGUUACAGCCCGCAUAGCCGACAUGGAGGCCCGAGAGAAAGGGUGGCUAGCCUUCUUCAACAACCAGAAGCACAUUCUCGGAAGCGUCUGCUUUGCUUCGGGGUACCUGCAACGGACCUCCCAAAAUGGGAGAUUGGAUUGGGCGCUGAUUUCCCCAGCGGAAGACGGCCGCGUCGGGCAAAACUUGCUCCCAACCAUGGAGGAUUGGCGGAAUGCAGAGUAUAUGAGGGGAUACCCUAGAUGUAUCGGCGGCAGUAUCACAUCACCGCGACAAGGUACCAGGUCUCUCCACGAGAUGAAGAAAGACGAUCUGGUUUACAAGGUUGGCGCCUCGACAAGAUGCACGAUUGGCGAGUUUGACGCCCUCAAAGCUGACUGUGUCAUCAAGGAGGAAAAAUACAUGCAAGGGCGCAACGUGGAUAUCCGGUCCACCGAGUUCAUGUUCAUCGGCGCGGACGGCUCGCAAUUUGCACGCUGGGGCGACUCUGGAUCUGUUGUCUGGGACGAAGAUGGACGCGCGGUGGGGUUAUUGUUUAGAGGACAGUCUCCUGGCCAGUCCCGUGGAUGGUUCGCGUAUGUAACGGCCAUCGAAGACGUCUUUGCAAGCAUCAAGGCUACUUCGGGGGGGAAGAUUGAGGAUAUUCGUUUUCUGGGCGAGUCUUAG